AUGCCCAGGAGGACAUUCAUUACGGCAGAAGAGAAGGCACUUCCCGGUCACAAGCCCAUGAAAGACCGUCUAACCCUACUGUUUUGUGCCAAUGCAAGCGGGGAUUACAAGGUUAAGCCUCUCCUCGUGUAUCACUCGGAAAAUCCACGCGCCUUUAAGAAAAACAACGUGCAGAAGAAGCUGUUGCACGUUAUGUGGCGGUCUAAUACCAAGGCUUGGGUGACAAGGAUCUUGUUCGUCGAGUGGAUGAACGAGGUUUUUGGUCCCCAUCCUCCAUCCGUUGAAGAGGACUUACUGGACAAAUUCAAGUUCAUUAAAGUCAAGUUCUUGCCCGCCAACACCACUCCAAUACUCCAGCCCAUGGACCAGCAAGUUAUUGCCAAUUUCAAGAAAUUGUAUACGAAGGCUAUGUUCCAGCGCUGCUUUGAGAUGACGGAAGGCACCAACCUUACCCUCAGAGAGUUUUGGAAGGAUCACUACUCUGUUUACAACUGCCUCAAUCUGAUUGACAAAGCCUGGCAGGGAAUCACCAGGAGAACCCUCAAUUCUGCAUGGAAGAAACUGUGGCCCGACUGCGUUGCUGAACGAGAUUUUGAGGGGUUCGAAACCGUCGAGAAGGGGGCAGUUGAAGACGAGAUUGUAUCCUUGGACAUGUCCUUGGGGCUGGAGGUUGACACGGACGACAUCGAGGACCUCCUGACUGAGCAUGGGCAGCAGCUGACGACCGACGAGCUGUUGGAGCUACACAAGGAGCAACAGAGACAGGUAACGGAGUAG